AUGGGAUUUGGUGCAGGAGCUUCUCGAGCCGAGAGAAAGGCGAAAAGGCGCAAGCUCGAAAAUUCGAUUCCCGACAUACCUGACGACAUCGAUAUAGAAUCCAUUAACGACAGCGCUGUUUCGUCAAAGAGGAAAAGAGCUUUAGAAGAUGACGCGAAUGAGGACCAGGAUAUCCCUCUAGACCAUAAGGGAGGUCUUGCAAAGAAUAAAGAGUCCAAUCGCAAGUCCAAGAAACCUAAAACUUCAGCCGAAACGCCUUCACUGCCUACACGGACUAGAGAGUCAUCCCAUGUAAUGGAGACUGAACUUGCUCCUAAAAAGUCGAAGAAGGAAAGAAAGGCGGAGAGAAAGGCGAAAGAGGCCGCUGAAAAUACAAUAUCCACAAAUCAAGAGGCGGAAGCUGCUGCUAGAGGGAAGGACCAAGAUACCAAUGCUACUGGGUCCUCUGACCAAACCACUGCUGAGAAGAAACGUGUGAAAAGCAAGAAGCAGGGAGGUGUAUCUGGUGCAAAUACAGAAAGCAAGGCUGCAAGAUUCAUCGUGUUCAUUGGAAACCUCCCAUUUACUGCUACGACUGCGUCAAUAAAAAACCACUUUGCUGCCGUCAAGCCUGCCUCGGUUCGUCAUCUUACGGAAAAAGGAAAUCCUACUAAAUCCAGGGGUUGUGCUUUCCUUGAGUUUGAAGGUUAUGAUUAUAUGAAAACUUGUCUCAAGCAAUUUCACCAAUCCACAUUCAAUGAUGGUAUUUCGGCACCAAGAAAGAUCAACGUUGAGCUAACUGCCGGAGGUGGUGGUAACACAAAAGACCGCCGCUCGAAAAUUAAGGGGAAAAAUGAGAAACUGAAUGAACAACGUGCCGAUAAUCCAAAAGUUAGCAAGAACAAAGCGGUCGACGGGGCACAGCAUGUGUUGGCUGAGGAUAGUGGAGUGCAUCCGAGUAGGAAGGCAAGAAUUGGUGGAUGA